AUAAAAUUGCACAAGCAAAUGAAAAAAGGAAAAGAGGAAAAAUUUAGAAAUCGAAGACAAAGCGUAGCCAUCGGUUGAAAUCGGAGAGAAUUUGUUUGUUGAUUGGGAGAAAGAGAGAUUCCGGAGUCAAAAGUGGAAAGGAAUUGUAGCAAUUUUGUCGAAAACAAUUCAAAAUGGUGGAAAACAAAGCUGAGAUUCCAGAGAAGUACGAUUUGAAUGCGAAAUGGGAUGCCUGUGUUGAUUUAAGCGUGCGCCGCUUCGUCUACUCCUCUUUCGCCGGCGGUUUUGCCGGACUUCUUCUCUUCCGAAGUCCUGUAACGCGCUGGGCUUCAGUAGCGUUUGGUGCCGGGCUGGGGUUCGGCUCUGCAUAUUCAGAGUGUGCUCAUAAGUUCGAUACUUCGUCACGAAAAUUGACUCCUAACGUUCCUGAGACUCCUCUGCCUGAGAGCAUAGAAGAAUAGAGCAACAACUUCAGGCCAUAUUUUCCCUAUAUUUUCAUCUUCUUGACUUAGAGGAUGCAUUUCCAAGAUUAUUGUUCUGGCCACUCAAUAACACAACAAUGUAUUGCAUUGUUUUCACGAAUGCUAUCUCUUAUCUACUGAAUCUCUGUCAGGGAGAAGCUAAACACAAGUCAAAGAGGAGAAUAACCAGUAUUGUUUUGAGGUAAUUGACAUGUUUCCUGUGUGUUAAGGAUCUUAUUUCCCUCCUGAGUGAAAAUAACUCUGCAUUUCAGACGAGUUUACGAUGUUGAAUGAACUAACAAUAUGCUCAACCCUAGUCAGAGAUUGCGAUGAUCCUUGUUUACGAAUGUUGGCUCAUAAUUUACUUUUAAUGUAAAGGGUUAUGAGAAAUCACCUAGGCUUUGAAGUAGAAAUGAAAAAGGAAAUGUGCAAUACCCGACUCAUUUAAAUAUUGGGCUAUUCGAGCUCCACUCCGCCUUAUAUCUUAUUGUUCAACAUACCUUGAGUUUGGGCGAUGUGAGCUCAACUUCGGCUUGUAUGAUACUCCAUUAGUUUAAAUUGUUUUUGAGGUUCAACUUCUCAAUUUAUUUUUAAA